CGGCGCCGCGUCGACCUGCCUCUCGGGCUUGCUGAGCCUCUCUACCGGAGUCCACAGACUUCUCUCCCCCGGAGCAGCCGCGGGUAAUUAACUUGAUCGCACAUACUGAUGGCGCUAAAGGAAGCGUCGCGCUUGCUGGAUUCCAGCGAGAGUGAUUCUGAGACCUUGCCAGCGUUCGCCUUUCUGAAGAAGGGGCUGUCUCCCACGAAGAGAAGUCAGCUUCCCAGGGAGGAGGAGAUUGUGCUGAUCAAUGCCUCCGAUUCUGAGACCUCCUGCCUUCUGUCACCACCUGCCCCAGACACACUGGAAACUGCCGCCGCCCAAACAAAGCCAGCAGGGCUGCUGAGAAGCGGGGGUGAAGAGGAACCCCUUCCCCUGGCCGAGAGGCUGAAGUGUAAGUUUCUGACUCCCAGGCAGCUGUACCCCGGAGACUCCACUUCCUCAUUUACCAGCAUCUUGGAUCGCCAAGGUAGUGAAGGAGCGCCCCGCGACUGGAAGACGCAGCCCUUCCCCAAACUCCCCACUGCUGCUCUCCCUGACACCUCAGAGGGGACCGCUCCCGGUGACAGUCCAUGCCACCAAUUUCCCUGCCCUGGCCAAGGCAACAGCCUGACUAUCACAAGAACACAUGCUGAAGACCCCCUGCCUCAGAAGAGAGCCAAGCACAGUCAGAAGGCCCGGGGAAGAGGCUGGCUGGGGUGCCGGCAGCGGCAGGGCCCGGUGAGCCAGAAGGAGAGCACCCUGGGGCCACCAGAGGGAAAGAAGAAGGCAGGGCCCGUGAGCCGGCGGCCGGAGGAGAGCCUGAAGCAGCUUGCUGCCGUCUUGGAUCCAGUGCUCCUACAGAUGGAAGGUGGGGGCCAGCUCCUGGGGGCCCUGCAGUCCAUGGAGUGCCGCUGCGUGAUCGAGGCACAGGCUGUGCCUCGCAGCCUCACUUGGAGGCGGGCCGCGGGGCUGUCUGAGGAUGGCAAAGAGGAAUGGGCGGAGGAGCCCACGGUCCUGGUGCUGCUCCUGGCCGAGAUGGUUGCAUCCCUGAUCAACAACGGGAAGCAGGGAAGCCUGGGAGGCACCGACAGAGGGACAGAAACCCUUCAGAGCGUUAUAACGGACAUCACCAGACGGACAGUGGGGAAGGCGCUGUCUCUGGUGAUCAUGGACCAGGAGAACUCCUUCAGUGCUCCGAAUCCUCCCAGGAGAGGGAAGCAGAGCCGAAGGAGCCGAGACCAGGCCAAACCAAAACAGCAGAGAGGAGCAGAGGCCAGCCCAGGGCCCAGGCCCCCGGUGACCCGGGUCGACUUGGAAGAGGCGCUGGUGGAGCUGCAGCUGCACACGGAAGCCCAGGUGCGGGUCCUGCAGAGCUGGGGCGCUCUGGCCGACUUUGCGUGCGCGUUCACGAAGGCUGUGGCGGAGGCGCCCUUCAAGAAGCUCCGAGAUCAGACGGGCUUCUCCUUCUGCCUGGAGAGUGACUGGGCUGGAGGAGUCAAAGUGGACAGCUCUGGCAGGGGCCUUGCCCAGGUCUGGAGGCGGCAGAUCCAGCAGUUGAACCGAGUCAGCCUGGAAAUGGCCAGCGCCAUUGUGAAUGCCUUCCCCUCCCCCCGGCUCCUGGCUCAGGGUCCCCUGACUGUGGAACAAGUCCUACAAAGAGGAGACUUCCAGUACCAGGCGGCAGCCCCGUGGUGAUGGCAGGGUGGUCUGACGCUACAGAGGUGGUGGCCCGCAGAACCCAAUUCCAGGGACGUGAGCUCCACGGCGGGCGGCAGGGGUGUGCGGAGGGCAGCUCACUGCUGGGACUCGGUCUGGAGGACCCACUGGAGGAUCUCGUGGCUGCGCAGCCCCCGGAGCGCGUUGUCAUAGAUGGCGUUCACGCGGGUGCACAGGGGCUGCCGCUGCAGCUCAGUGACUCGACAGGCCACCAGCCCACCGGCCACACACAACAGCAGCAGCAACAGCAGCAGCUUCAGCACUGCCCAGGAGCGAGUGUGUUUCCGGGGCGGCGGCUUGCGGGGGCGGGAGCCGGACUUGGACUCUGGAGGGACGGCAGCAGCAGCACAGAAAGGCCGUGAGUCGGGGGGAGACCCACGUUCCACCCACCUGCACUAGCUAGCCACCCUCUCCCCUAACAAAACGCCCGGGCCCUGAACAAGCCUCUCAGACCUUUGGAAAUAUCAUCACUCAGAGGUUGAAGCACGCCUUCUCCCCUGGGGAGGAGGAUGUGUGUGUGUGCCCUGGCUGGUCUCAGGAUGCCCAUCCAGACCCACGUGGCUGCUGACUUGGAGGCAUGGGUUUGAGACUUAAUUUUCCAAAUUCUCUGUAAUGAAUGUAAAUGACCAUGGUCUGUCGGUGUCCACGGAGAGCUCCCGAGUGCUUGCGUCCCCUUCUGUAAAAUGGCUGAGUGUUUGCCUGGACAA